AUGGUUUUGAAGACGAAAAAAAUCUAUCCAGAAUUGAGGCGGACGACCGGCUGGGGAAUGGAAAAUGAGCACGAAUUUAUAUGCGGAGUAAUUGAAGGAUUUUACGGCCGUCCAUGGACCCUCGACCAGAGGACGGAUCUCUUCAAGAAAUUAGAGGCUUUCCGUUUAAACUACUAUGUUUACGCACCGAAAGAUGACCUGAAACAUCGGCUGUCGUGGAGGGAGCUGUACACAAGCGAAGAAGCUGAAAGUCUUCGGCACAUGAUCACAGAGGCUCGGCUGCACAACCAGAACUUUGUCUAUGCUCUUUCACCAGGGAACGAUAUCCGGUAUUCAGAUGAGGCUGAUAUUUAUGCUGUGAGGAAAAAGCUGGAACAGGUGCAUUCACUUGGUUGUGCCAGUUUCGCUCUGCUCUUCGAUGAUAUUCCCAAAGAAAUGCAUCCACUUGAUCAACAGCGAUAUGAAUCAUUUGCAAGUGCACAGGUUCAAAUCACGAAUCGAACCUUCGAAGCACUGCAGCAACCGACAUUCAUGUUCUGCCCAACAGAAUACUGCGAAACCCGGGCAAUCCCUAGUAUUGACGACUCCGAAUACCUGGACACAUUAGGCCGCUUCUUACAUCCAGCGAUUCACAUCAUGUGGACAGGUCCUAAAGUCGUCUCUAGAUGGCUAACACCGGCUCACUGUGAGCGAGUUGAGAAAGUCCUGCGAAGAAAGCCGCUAAUUUGGGACAACUACUUCGCCAAUGAUUACGAUAUUCGGAGGCUAUUCUUGGGACCAUUGCAAGGCAGACCAUUGGCUGUGAGGAACUCAAUCUCUGGUAUUUUAUUGAAUCCGAACAACAAACACGAGGCCAAUCACAUCGCCAUCGCCUCCACCUCACAAUGGAGAUAUGCAGAGGAGCCAAACGAUGAUGAUGAAUCAAAAUCCCAAUCGGUUGAAGCCAUUUUGGACAAAGCUCUGGCCAGCUGGGAGGCGCUUUUCAACACUGAAACCCCAGAAGUGCCGACGGUAAAACCACAAACGAUUCAAGAUCUGCAAGAGAUCGUGAUCGAAGGGGAGACGAAAAUUGGAUGCAUUGAUACGCCGUCAACGUCUGACCUUGGCUCCGGUCGUUCCGAGCCCUUGGAGAUGGAGGCAGACUCUUUUGUCCCUCCGGAUAUCUCAGCCGAAGUUCCUCUACCGGUUAUGGCCAUUGAUGAGAUGGUGCACGCUGUUUUGGCCACCCCAAAUGCGCAAGAAAAUGAGCCGGACCCUAGCGUCGUGGUGAACUCACUGGUGCCCGAGUAUAAUACUUGCACAGUAAUGGGGACGCCGAUCUUGCCUUGUUCUCAUAAAAACAGUUCGGAAGAAGCUGCACAAAUGGACGGGCAUGUUGAAGAGAAAUCACAAGAGGAGUCACCAAGAUCACCUGUUGCCGCUGUAACCAAUUCCCAAACACAAAUUACCAAGGGUGAGCUGCGGAGACUCGUUGAUCUCUUCUAUCUACCCUUUCAGUAUGGGAAACAAGGCGAAGAGUUACUGGAAAGCCUGCACUUCUUGAUGACAAACGCACACCGAGAGGAUGAUCGAUACUCGCCAACAGAUAGUGGCUUCCACGAAGCGAUCCAGUACAUCUACCAGUUCGUCAAUGAGUUCAACAGCCUCUAUUGGAAAAUCAUAAACUGCUCGAAUAAACCAUUGCUAUCGGAACUGUUACCUUAUAUCUGGGAAACGCAUGGAACCUUAUCCGUUGUUGAAGGAGUCACUCAUUGGCUUGCAUCGGGGAAUCUUCAGAAGGAGUUAAGAGUCUCUCCGGCCACAUGGAAAAACGCCGACUAUGACGAUGAGCCAUGGACUUCAAUGUGUCCGAUUCGCGGUUUCCCCUUGGAUAUUGCACAUACAUUAGCGACCGCCGACGGACUACUUGAUCUGUUGAGGAAUCGGAAUCCACUGCCGAUGUCAGUGCGAACCUUCCACGUGAGAAACGUCACUGCAGAUGACAUGGAUCAACUCCACUACAUCUUUGGCUCAAGUGAUUCAAGCAAAAAUGAAGAGCUUUUUGAUAGAUAUUUUGGACCGUAUCUCUUUUCCGUCAGCGAGCCUCAAUUUGGGUUUAUUUCGUAUGAGGAGUGGAGUGAAGAGGAUGGAGGAGAGCUGAAAUUUCCACACUGCGCUGUGGCUGGUAUUAGAGAUGUCGGUGCCUAUUUGGGCACUUUGUGGGUGGAGUACAGCGAGAUGAUGUUUGUGAAGUAUUGCUCGACGCGGAACACAAAAAACGAUAAAGAUCAGAAGGCGGUGCGGGAAGAGAUCGACUCAUGGAAGCCCCCGAUGAUCUCAUCAGAAAUUCUUUCGAAAUUUCCAUCGAGAAUCAAUUUGCAUGCGAAGUGUGGUACGGAUGAUGCGGUUGCGGCGAAGAGAGUCAUUCAAACGCUGGCUACUGUACUCACAUAUUCGGGAUCGAUCGGUGUCCACAUUUUGUGUCAACCGGACGACUAUCAACAGAUCUCUUUCUUGGCCAAGUUGAACUUUGAACUGAUCCCCUCUAAACGAAACGAUGAUCUCGAAGUGUACGCUCUUCCAUUGGGCGGCUUUUUUCAUUUUCCACCGAUUCUCCAAAGCUUAAACGCGGUAAAUCCAGCCGAGAAAAGACCUGAUGAAGAGAUGAAUCCAUGC